UUUUGCUGCUGUCGCUGCGGAGUCGCUGUAGCCAUGUCCGGACGCGGGAAGCAGGGCGGCAAGGCGCGCGCCAAGGCCAAGUCGCGCUCGUCGCGGGCCGGGCUGCAGUUCCCCGUGGGCCGCGUGCACCGGCUGCUGCGCAAGGGCAACUACGCGGAGCGCGUGGGCGCCGGCGCGCCGGUGUACCUGGCGGCCGUGCUGGAGUACCUGACGGCCGAGAUCCUGGAGCUGGCGGGCAACGCGGCCCGCGACAACAAGAAGACGCGCAUCAUCCCGCGCCACCUGCAGCUGGCCAUCCGCAACGACGAGGAGCUCAACAAGCUGCUGGGCAAGGUGACGAUCGCGCAGGGCGGCGUGCUGCCCAACAUCCAGGCCGUGCUGCUGCCCAAGAAGACUGACAGCCACAAGGCUAAAGCCAAGUGAGCGCCGAGAUUCAGAGGCUGCGAAGUUCAACUAACAGAAACCCAAAGGCUCUUUUAAGAGCCACCCACUUUCUCAUAAAAGAGCUAAAUUGCUUUUAAGCAUUUAAAAUCUGAGUAUACAUAAGUUUUUAUUAGCGCCCCUUCUUUGACCAUCCUUCCUUCUCUAAGUACCCAGGUUGAAACAGAAACUGCACCACUAGGCAUUGAAAUUGCUCUCAAUGCCAUCCAUCAAAAUUUCACAACUAUCGUGUUUCAUGAACAGUUUCACCCCUAU